AUCGUCUCAGAUUUUAACCGCCAUCAAUUUUGACAUUCAUCCGGCGGCGUCCAAGUUUUGCUUUUUCGCAUUUUUUUCUUGAAAGUUUUAAUUAAAGACAAUUAAUAUUACUUCGAGGCGUUCAAUUGAGUGCUGGUGCAAAGAUGAAUGUGAUGGAAAUUGGGGGGAAUACACUGGAGUUUGCCGGAAAUAUGAUUGAUAGGCAUUUCCAAUGUCUAUCCUCGCCCAAUCUUUUGGAGGUAACCGGAGUCGCGCAGCACGGCAUGGCCACAACGAGUGGGCUGAAUGAUUUUGACUAUCAGAACUUAUCAUCACUCUCGAUGAAUCUGAAGUCUCUCAAUCAAGUGGUGACAUCCAGCAAGGUGCCCAUUCCACCGGAAAUCCUGGAGCAUCUCAAUCACAUCAAAUGCCACUGCAUGAUGGGACUCUUCCCGGAGAUUGGACGUGCAUGGCUGACAAUUGAUUCAGAUAUCUACAUUUGGACGUAUGAGAAUGAUCGGGAUGUGGCAUACUUUGAUGGGUUGAAUCACUUGAUUGUCAGCGUGGGACUCGUUGCCCCCAAGCCGGAUGUUUUUGUGAAUGACGUCAAGUACCUCCUGAUCCUCACAACACCCAUUGAGAUUGUGGUGCUCGGGGUGAUUUUUGGGGAUUCCACAAAGACAAUUUGUUCGCCCAAUCGUACAGUUCAUGCUGUGAAGCCCUUUGAGGAAUUGCACAUCAGUAGACCCAUAUUUGUCCUCAACACCGACAAUGUGUCCAUCAUGACCAUUGAGGGAACAUCCGAUGGGAGAAUCUUCCUUGGAGGACGCGAUGGGAGCCUCUUUGAGCUUCAGUACCAAGCUGAAUCCAAUUGGUUUGGACGACGUUGCAAGAAAGUCAAUCACUCACAGAGCUUAGUUUCUUACAUGGUUCCGGGAUUUCUGAAGAUCUUCGCGGAAAAUGAUGCAGUAGCACGUAUAGCUAUGGACAACAGUCGACGAUUGUUGUAUGUGUUGUUUGAGAAGGGCGCAAUCGAGGCGUGGGAAUUGGAGCCGAAUGAUAACAUCCGACGCGUGGGACGUGUGACACAUCGGGAAGUAAUUCAGGCAGCUGUGAGUAUGGUGAAGACCGUCGAUGCGGCAAUCUUCAAGAACAUCACAGCCAUUUGUCCGCUCACCUUCGACGAUAGUCCCCAUUUGCACCUCAUUGCUGUGACCCAAUGCGGCGUACGCUUCUACUUCUCCACCACACCCAUUCUCGUGGGUCAGGGAACGAUGGAGGCACUUCGGCCACAGGGUUUGUACCUCCUGCACGUGCGCCUUCCACCUGGAUACACGCCAAACACACAAGUGGGGAAACCGCGGCAAGUUCAUUCAGCUUUCUACCAUCGUGGAUCCCUCCUGAUGGUCUCCUCAUCGCAGCAGGAUCAAGACCUUCUGUGGUCCCUUAGUUCGGAACCUUUUCCGCAUCGUCCCUACCUCACAGAGUCCUCAACGCUAAUGCAACUCGAUGGGCAGGUGUGCGCCUUGGCACAAAUCAAGGAUAGAGAUUCUCACGCCCUAACCAUAUCAUCCAUUCGACACACAUACCAACCCACGAAGAUUGUUCUCCUGACAAAUCAGGGAGCACACAUUGUGUCCCUACUGAAGCCCAUGGAUUUACUGCAGCAGCUACUUGUUGCCUGCCGUGGACCUCAUCAUGAGGCCGUCAAAGCGUACUUCCAGGCUCAAACUGAACCCGAAGCCUGUGCCACGAGCCUCAUGCUAGCCUGCACUGAAGCCCUUCGUGGCACAGAGAUGACAAUGUGGGCAACACAGGCAUUCUUCCUGUACGGCGGUGAGCCUCACUAUCGCACAGCACCCACAGGAGGCGCAUUCAGUGCUGGGACAACUUUUGCCGAUGGCCAAGGGGCGCCCAUAUUCAAUUCUACGCCCUUCCUCGCGUCACGACCAGCAUCGGCCAUCCAACAGAGUCUCCUGCAGCAGACCCAGUACCCAUCCACCGUACAAAAUGUCUCCAAUGCCAACUUCACCACCACCAUGGAUCCAUCGAAUAAUCUGGUGUACUCAGCCAAGCACACGGGGCUGUAUUUGCACGUGUCGCGCCUCCUGAAACCCAUUUGGAGGCGACGAUGCCUCAGUGAAACGGCCCCAUUUACAAGUUCAAUCAGCCUGCAGGACUGUGGGCAGGUUUUGAGUGAUUUGUACGCCAUUAAAGCAUUCCUGGCAGCCAAUGCGGCUACAAAUGUAACCACCACCCUGCAGAACAAUCAAUCAGCCACGCAGGGGGCAAGUGGGGUGUUCCAAUACAGCCCCAGUGGGAAUCUAACUAGACCCAAGAAUAUGGCCGAAGAUGCUCGGUUGGAGGAGAAGAAAUCCCUCGAUGCGCUCAAUCGAUUUAUAAAACAUACAUGCGAAGUGAUAGCCCUGUGGAAAUUGCUUUGUGAACAUCAAUUUCACAUUUUAAUCGGUGCCCUAUCGCGUGAGCAGCAAAAUAUCCUGGCAUCGUGUACUUUCCGGGACUUGAUCCUCUGUCGUCCGGACACAUGUUCGCAAUUUACGAGUGUUCUCAUCAAUUACUACCUCAAUGAUAAUGCGAGUGUUGGGAGUAUAUCGGCGAAAUUACGUGAUGUCUGCCCCACACUGUAUAGCCAUGAGGAGGCUGUGUCGCACAAGGCAACGGAAAUUCUUCUAAUGGCAAAAACAUGCACUGAUGGGGAGGAGAAGAAUGAGCACCUCAUGACGGCGCUAACACUGUGCAAGAGUGCUGCACCGAAUCUCCCACUUGGGAGUAUUUGUCAGCAAUUCACAGCGGCUAAUUUCUAUCAGGGCGUCAUUGAGCUUUGUGCUGUUUGUGCGUUCAAAUUGGAUGUUAAUGAGACUGCAUUGCAUUACUAUAGGAAUGGGGAGCCACAGGGCGAUCGUGAGGGUUUAAUGGCCUAUUCGGCAAGGAGUGAGUGCUACAAGGAGGUUAAGUUGAUGCUGGAACAGGUUUAUCAGCAGCUGUGCUGUGUUGAGGUGAAUGGCAAUGCCAAUAAUGAUACGGAGAUUGCUGAUAUUAAUGGGCAAAUCCUCAAAAUUGUUACUCUUGCACUGCAAACGUCUGACAUCCUUCUCCAUGUGGCCGUGUAUGAAUGGCUGCUGUCGCAUAGACUUCUCGGGGAGUUGCUGGGGCUCAGUGAGCCAUCGCUGCGCCUCUUCCUGAAUAAUUCACUGGCAAAAUAUCCGGAUAAUCAGCAAUUGGCUGAUUUACUGUGGAAGUAUCAUGAGCGCAAUGGGCAGCAUUCAGCUGCAGCGAAAAUUCUCGAUAAUCUCGCAACAAUUGAUGCGGACAAUAUUCCCCUUAGUCGACGCAUUGAGUACCUCUCGAAGGCAGUUCUGUGCAUGAGGAGCGAGACAAUUGGGUAUUCCGUGCAAAAUGGGGUUCUGCUCAAGGAGAUGGAGGAAAAAUUGGAAUUUGCUCAAGUACAGAAGCUCAUCCUUGAUACACUAUCCAGCAUGGGAGAGGGGGAUCUGGACACAGAUGAUGCAGUACGGCUACUCAACUCCCAGCUGUACACCAUGAAUCAACUUUACUGCGAAUUCGCCGAACCAUUCAAUCUGUGGGAGUGCAAAUUAAAGAUUCUCGCUGUUUCCCACCACAACGAUGCCCUCCUCAUUGAGACUGUCUGGCUGAAUAUCUUCGAUCGGGAACUCGCAGCAUCCACCCAUGCUACGCCGGAGCAACAAAUGGAACGUCUCCUGACGAAAUUCAAAUGCCUCGCACGGGAGUACAGUGACACGGGCAAUUGCUUCCCACUCCCAUUCCUCGUCUACGAGCUCGAGGUGCGUGCCUGUAAGCUCCGUCUGCACGAGUCUCCCGUCCCGGAAUGUCUGUUGGCAAUAAAACUCGACACAGACACCCUCCUGGACAUCUACACGCGCAUGGUGGCGAUGAAUGAUCGCGUCUGGCUGGCGGAGGGCAAUGAAUGGUACCUCGUGGAAGCAGCUGCAAAGCUCGCAUCCACCUUCAUUGCCACCUGUACGGGAUCUGUGGCAAGGAAUCAACGUCGUGUAGCUGCCAAGGCAAUGAGUCUCAUCUCCUCAUGCCUCAAUCUUCUCUACACCAAACCCGACACGCAGCAUCUAAUUGAAAUUUUGCGGGAUAUUCAGAGUAAACUCGAGCGACUUCUUGCAUAAACACCUUCCCGCCCAAAGAUGUGAGAAAGAAAAAUUCUACAAAAAGUUAAAAUAAAAACGCCAAUUUCAUUUUCAAGACA